UUCUUUCUGAAAGCAGAAGUGCCAGAUCACGUGACCCUGGCCUGUCUUCAUAAAGACGCGGCAGGUCGCUCAGAGGAAGUACAGCUGAGAAGAACCGAACGCGAUGAGUCCGAUGACCAACCGAGGCGCGGUGCUGGGGAGCCUGCUGCUCGUCUCCCUGUGUGUGGGAGCAGCUUCUGCGUUUGACAGCCGGCUGGACAUCCACUGGGAGCUGUGGAAGAAGACGCACAGCAAGCACUAUCCAAGUGAAGAGGAGGACGUGCACCGCAGGGAUUUGUGGGAGAGGAACCUGAUGCUCAUUACCAUGCACAACCUGGAGUACUCCAUGGGCCUCCACACCUAUGAUCUGAGCAUGAACCACAUGGGAGACUUGACACAAGAGGAGAUCCUUCAGCAAUUUGCUUCGCUGCGUCCCCCCACCAACCUCAAGAGGGAGCCACAUCUCUUUGUUGGAGCCUCGGGGUCCAACAAUAUCCCAGACGAGAUGGACUGGAGGCAGAAGAACUGUGUCACAAGCGUCAAAAUGCAGGGCUCCUGCGGCUCCUGCUGGGCUUUCAGUGCCGUCGGCGCCUUGGAAGGCCAGCUAUGCAGGAAGACAGGAAAGCUGGUGGACCUCAGUCCCCAAAAUCUGGUGGACUGUUCAUCAAAGUAUGGUAACCAUGGCUGCAAUGGAGGCUUCAUGCAUCAAGCCUUUCAAUAUGUCAUCGACAACCAGGGCAUCGACUCUGACGCUGGUUACCCUUAUGUAGGAGUGACGCAAAAUUGCCAUUACAGCUCAGAGUACAGAGCAGCCAACUGCUCCCAAUACAGCUUUCUGCCUGAGGGAGACGAGGGUGCUCUGAAGGAGGCCAUUGCCACCAUUGGACCCAUUUCAGUGGCAAUUGAUGCCACCCGACCCAGAUUUGCCUUCUACAGGAGUGGAGUUUACGAUGAUUCUUCCUGCUCCCAAAAUGUGAACCACGGUGUGUUGGCUGUGGGCUACGGCACACUAAACGGACAAGACUAUUGGCUGGUAAAGAACAGCUGGGGAACCACUUUCGGGGAGCAGGGCUACAUUCGGAUGGCGCGCAACAAGAACGACCAGUGUGGCAUCGCUAUGUACGGCUGCUAUCCCAUCAUGUGAUUGUUCUGUUUUAAAGGAAAGCUAUUUUCCAAUGAAUGCUUUGUCUUUUAGAUUACUACCAAUUUUAAAUACUAACGUUUAUGACCAUCAGAUUUGGUGCUUCUCCUGGAAUCACACCAACUAUAUUUUCUGCAAAUUCUGAAUAAGUUUUGUUGUGUAACUGCAUGCCUCCAAACAUUUAUUAUAAAAGGGAAGGUGGAGUUUUAAGGAAGUUGUUCACAUUGAUGUAUGGUAUAUUUUCUUAUCAGUGUACCAGUAAGUCCAGCCUUUUGUAGGCUAAUUACCUUUUUAAUCAGAUUGUGAACAACGUGAAUGGAAGAUCCAGUUUGUGGGUUUAUCCUGCCAUAAAAACUGUCUGAAAGGAUCCCAUUGACUCUUAAGGAAAUUGACCUGUUGAUCAAUUCAGCGUUUACAUGUUAGGACAGACGGAAGGGCAAAAUCAAUACCCAUCUCUCUAGUAAACAUCCUGUCCACAUGCUGUUGUGCUAGCACACUGUAUGCUAUAGCUGCUCAGAGGUUUUGUUUUCUUCUUGGACUGAUGCAUUUUCAAUCCAACGUCUGCAAAUUUAACAAAAUACUUUUAGAAAUAAAACCUCAAUUUAGCUUCCUAACCGAAGUGUAAACAAGGGAUUUAAAUACUGUAAAAAUUGAAAGCCAUCUUGUUUUUGUUUUUUGUUUCAAAAAUAAAAAUUGUUUUAAUAAAAA